AUGGAAGCUGUUAUAAUAAUAGAUGUACUACGACGAGCAAAAGCUGAAGUGGUGGUGGCAUCUGUUGAAGAUAAAUUAGAAAUCCUGGCUUCCAGGAAAGUUAAACUAGUAGCAGAUGUUCUUCUAGAUCAGGCUCUAAAACGUUCUUACGACUUUAUUGUUUUGCCUGGCGGACUUGGUGGUGCACAAGUCUUUGCCAACUCAGAGAAGCUCGUAAAUUCGCUGAAGAAGCAAAGGGAAGCAAAUAAACCCUAUGGGGCAAUAUGUGCUUCCACAGCUUUAGUCCUUGAGCCCCAUGGCUUGUUGAAGAAGGCCACUGCUUUCCCAGCAAUGUGCAACAAACUGUCGGAUCCAAGCGAAGCAGAAAACCGAGUUGUGGUCGAUGGCAAUCUCAUCACUAGCAGAGGUCCGGGAACUACCAUGGAGUUCUCUUUGGUGAUCACAGAGAAACUAUUCGGACGAGAGAAAGCACUAGAGCUUGCCAAGACUAUGCUUUUUGUAAAGCAGUAG